CCUCUAUCUGCAUACUCACACCGACCGGAAACUCCGCCCACCAGGUUGUCCAGCGCGUGAUCGCGGCGUAAACAGCAUCCUGUCCACAGGUCGCGCGUGCAACGUCCGGUAAACAGCGGAGAGUUUUUAAUUGUAUUUUUUCCCCAUUUUAUUUUGUUUUAUUUUCUUAUUCACCGAGGCGGAUUUACCUAACGUUUUCUAAUGGAAACCAGACAACAAGGUCUUCUGGACUCGGAGCCUUUCAGAGAGGCAGAUGAGGACUUGGUGUCAGAGGUCAACCUGAACAACUCCAUCCUGACAGAGGAGGAGAGAGAAGAGAUCCAGCAAGAACUGGCCAGGUUAGAAGAGGAGAUAAGCACGUUGAAGCAGGUGUUGUCCUCCAAAGAGAGGCAGCACUUGGAACUGAAACAGAAAUUGGGCAUCACUCCUCUUGGCGAGUUAAGGAGCAAUUUCACCAGAGGCUGGCAUGACAUGCAGAGCUCCACGGCCUAUAAGAAGACAUCAGAGACACUGAGCACAGCAGGACAGAAAACAACUGCAGCCUUCAGCACACUGGGUACUGCCAUCAGCAGGAAGUUCGGAGACAUGAGAAACUCUCCCAGUUUUAGAUCUUUUGAGGAGAAGGUCGAAACUACUGUGACCAACAUUAAGACCAAGGUGGGGGGAUCGGGUAAUGGUGGGAGUUUUGAGGAGGUCCUCUCCUCAGCAGCACAGGCCAGCUCUCAGGACGCAGCCACCGGCAGCUUGACAGACGCCUCUGAAAGGUCCUGCUAGAGAAGCCAUCUUUACAUUGUCUUUACACUCGACUAGGAUUUCUGUGCUCCACAAAAGGAUUUCGGUGCUUUGUCCCCUCAGUGGAUUUACACAGGCAGGAAAGCUUGUCAGCUGACCUGGUAAAGAAAAAAUUAAUGAUGUCAAGGUAUCCCAUGUAGCUCCAUUCCUGAUUAGCAACGCACAAGAUGGCGUUAUGUUUACAGUGACCAGUAGUCAGGAAAUGACCAAAUCCUACAUCGUGGAAAGGCUUUAUUCUAAUUUUACCUUUAAAUGCUCUGACACGAGUCAAAACAACCAAAUCCAGAAGCGUGUACAACUGUCGAGUGAGCUCCUUGACGCCGCACCGACCUAAAUUAUCAAGGCACACUUAAUUUGGUGUGGUUCAAGUGUAUUUUGCAAGAAAUUGAAGCCAGUCACUUCCUGCUGAUUCAGGGUUUACCUGCACACUUUUGAGACUUUGCUGUCUAGGAACACUGUUAGUGAGACCAGAUGACUACACAGAUAAUGACCACUGGGAUUCAGCAUAAACAAGCUGUGCUGAAUCCCACAUGCUGUCCAUGUGUUUGGAUGGUUUAGUCUUGCUUGACUUGGCUCAUAUAAUUGCCCUGCGGUAAGCUAACAAAUCUACUGUGAAACCACAGCCAGCUUUCUGCAUACACACACACACAACACACACACACACACACACAAAAUAUGUCUAUCUUAUCAGUGCUUUAGGAAAAAUCCAAGAAUCCCCGUUUUUUCAUGUACUGCAAUGUAAAAUUUAAAGGGUUGAAAUUAGAGAUGGCUAAUAAGGAUAAUUAUAAUAUGCUUAAUAUUUUUUCCAGUCCUUUACAUACAGGAUAUUUCUAUGUUGCUCCAGUCUUCAAUAGGAAGCAACCACCAAAAUGUAUACCUGUUUUUUUGGGGUUUUUUUUGGUUUUUUUUUUACAAUAUGAAGUUUUAC